ACUUACUUUUUUCUUCGAUUUAGUAGAGGAGUCUUGGGGAUUCCGAUAUGAAGCGAUGAAUCAUGGAGUAAUGGAUAAAAUUAGGCGUACUUCAAAGUCCGGGAUCUGUUGUUCUCAGUGAGUUCGAUCGAUUAGAAGGAGCCAAGCCACAUUACAUCCUUUGUCGUCAACAUUGUGAAAACGAUACUCAGGUGAAAAACAGGAAAAAUUGUAAUCAUCAGACCGAAGCAGUGGUGGAAUACCUGAUGUCUGGAUUAGAGGGAGACCUUGCCUGAAUUGAACUUGGUUUUUAUAAAUAGCUGCUGCAAUCCCAGCAGAUUCUGAUGAGGCUGGAAGCACUAAAUGCACAUACCUAGUUCAGCAUAUUAUGGAAAUAACUGCUAUCAUAUCAUUGGCGUUAGAUUUGUCCAAUAAAAAUA